UUACACCAGAGACUUUUCGUAAGAAUAAUGCUAUCUCUAAAAGUAUAUCAAACAACAUAACUAUACCAGUACUAAAGCAAGAUUUGGAUGUAACUAUACCAGUACUAAAACAAAAUAGACAAGAUUUGAACAAGACUGGCAUUUUUACAAAUAUUCCUGAUAAAUAUGAAAUUAAAACUAAUUUAUCAGGAUUAUCUGUAAAAUGCAAAACUGAAUAUCAGCCAACUGGUAAUAUUAGUUAUACGAUUAGUUGGGUAAAUCCUUAUGGCGAUAUAAUAUCAAGUAGUAGUAUGAUCUCAGCAACAAGAAUAAAGGCACCUGUUAAUCGUAAACAUUCUUAUAUAGAAUUAGAGUCAGAAUCUCAAAAAAACAAACGAAUUGCACUAGUAGCUAAAAACUUAAAUAUUCAAAUAGUAGAUCUUUUUCAUAAUCAUCGAUUUAUUGAUUCUUCAAGCACAAUGAUUAUAGAUCUUGAAUCAAUAAAACUUAACAUUGCAAAUAAAGCUAUAACUCUCGAUUAUUUAACUAAAAAUAAAGACCAACAAAAAACAUUAUACUUCUCUUGUUCGGUUUUAACCACUUCUGAUCCAAUUAUUCUCUAUUCUGGUGAUAAAAUUAAUAUAAAAAUUGGUGGUGAUGGUAGAAAUGUUGGUAGAAAGCAAAGUCAUAUAAUAUUAGCAAUUAGUAUACUAAAUGAAG